GUGCUGUUUUAUUGAUUGAUUGUACCUCUGUAGUGGCGUGAGUGUGGAAAUAAUGGAGAAUUUGAAAAUCAACCGGAGACUUCUUCCCCUCAAGUCUCAUUACUUCCUCUUCAAUGCGGGGACGGCACCGAUUGUUCCCUUCAUGCCCACCUUCGCCAGACAGUUGGGAUUCUCAACAGUUGUCGUGGGAACAGUUUACACGGUCCUGCCCAUUGUUGGGAUGCUGGCAAAGCCCACCUUUGGUGCUAUUGCUGAUAGAUUUCAACGACAGAAGCUCCUCUUUAUUCUCUUCUUGAUCCUCACAGCUGUUUCCUUCUUCGCCAUCAUGUUCAUCCCACCAAUUCCCGCCGAUGCCACGGUGGAGUUUCACUGCAAUGGUGGUGCCACAGAUCUCAAACACUGCCCAAAAGAUACCCCAUUGGAUGCAAAAGUAAUCCAGGAACUUCAGAGUGAAGGAGAAAAUUCCAUCCUCCGGUGUGAUUUGCAGUGCACAGCUGAUGCGUGGAUGUGGGAGGUGAUCUGUGGGCAUUGGAAUGUCACACAGUACUGCAGGGAUCACGAGAAUGAUUUUGAAUUCUCCCUCACAGCCGUCACGAAGAUCCGGGAUCUCCGUUUAAUCGAAGAAUGUCUCUUUAUUUCAAUUGUUGAGGGAGAUUUUGGUCCUGGGGGGCUCUCAAAUCUCUUCUGUCCAAGCCACGUGGGCAACACAUCGGCGAGAUCCUUCAAAACCACCUGCAGAAGUCACUGCAAUCGUGACGAAGUGAAUGGACUCCUAACGGAGACGAGUAUUGAGAAUCAAGCUGUGUCAGGACUCUAUCAGUUCUGGCUCCUCUUUAUGUUCCUCGUGGCCAGUUGGGUGGGUAUGGCGGUGGUGGUGAGUGUGGGGGAUGCCAUUUGCUUUGAAAUGCUCGACGAUAAGCCCCAUCUCUAUGGGAAUCAACGUCUCUGGGGGGCUGUUGGGUGGGGAACCUUCUCAAUCAUUGCCGGGGUUCUUGUGGAUAAAUUCAGCGAUGGACAGGCAACAAAGGACUACUCCGUGGUCUUCUACAUGAUGCUAAUCCUCCUCACGUUGGACAUGGUGGUGUCAACCAAAUUGCAACACACACAGACGAAACUUUCAACAAACAUAAUAAGGGAUGUUGGGGCCAUUUUCGCAUCAGUGCGAAUUGUUAUUUUCUUCCUGUGGUGCGUUGCUGUUGGACUCUGCACGGCUCUCGUGUGGAAUUUCCUCUUUUGGCACCUCGAGGAUUUGGCCAGUGCCCACGAUGGGAAUCACGUGGAGUGGAUAAAGACCCUCCAAGGGCUGGCCAUGGGGAUUCAAUGCUUUGGCGGAGAAUUGCCCUUUUUCUUCCUCUCAGGGUGGAUUCUCAAGAAGAUUGGGCACGUGCAUGCCAUGAGUUUAGUCCUGUUGGGAUUCGGUGUGAGAUUUCUCCUCUAUUCAACCCUCACUAAUCCCUGGUGGGUGCUCCCGAUUGAACUCCUCAAUGGGAUUACUUUUGGCAUUUUCUACUCCACAAUGGCAUCUUAUGCGAGUAUUGUGGCCCCACCGGGAACAGAAGCAACGCUUCAGGGCCUCGUGGGGGCUGUUUUUGAGGGUGUCGGCGUAUCAAUGGGCAGCCUAAUUGCGGGGAUAUCAUUUGACAAAAUCGGCGGGAGUCUCACAUUCCGCUGGUUCGGACUUGGGGCUCUCGUGCUGCUUGUUGUGCACGUUGUGGUGCGUCGCCUCCAUGAGCGGUACACGAUGAAAUUCGGUAAGAGCACCCCACGCAAUAGCACAUGCCCCUCAGGUAAUCACGCAAAUUCCGGUGAAGACCUAACUAAUGGCCUACCCACCGUGACAGAUGAGAAUUUGCAGUUGAAAGAGAAGAAUUUGCUAAGCGAAUGAAGCUCUUUCUUCUCUCAAUAAAAAUGUUAUUUUUAAAAGAAAAUCUUGCCAGAGUCGUAAAAUGUACAUAAAAAAGACAUUUUCUAGUUUUGUACUUACAAAAAAAAACAAAUAAAAAAGGAUCUAAUUGCCCCUCUUUGUGGUGGUGAGAGAAGCACGUGUUUGGGGAUUUUUUAUGCGGGAGAGGUUUUUUUUGCUUGAGGGCGCAGAUUCAUAAGAAAUCUUUUUUUCUUUAAUUAAAAAAAAGGAAUUAGGUGAAUGAAAAUUUGUUGGGGAGAAGCACACGAAAAGGUACACACACAAAAUCAUCUCAUUCAAAAUUAUUGCUCCUUUUUUACUAACAAAAAAAAUUGUGGUGGGAUUAAAAGGUCAAAGAAACACAGAAAAUCUUAAUUUUUUGUUUUGUGAAAGAAAAGUGAAUAAAAAGUCCUUUCAAAAAUUCCCUUUAUUUUCCAUAAAUUCUUCAAUAUAAAUUUAACAAUAAAAAUAAAUGCUAAAAUAAAUCUUUUUUUUUUCCUAUAAAAAUAAGUAUUAUUCCCACCACAAUUUAAUCCCAGAAUUGAUUAUUCUUUUAGCGUGUAGUUUUUGCUCCUUAAAUUGAAAAAUUAAUCGCAUGAAAUUUUUUCUUGGGUUCCCCCACUGGAAUACUUAAUUCAGUACAACUUUGCACUCAAUACUUCCUCAAUUUUAAUGAAUAUUUGGGUAUAAAGUUUAAUGUUUCUGUCAAUAAAAUUGUUUUAAAAUCAUCGUUUGAUGUGAAAAUAAAUAAGAAGAUUUUGAACUUUUCUCUGAUUGGUUCAUGAAUCUAAUAAGGAGUUCUUAUUGGUUGAUUCUUGGGCGAUUUUUUAGCGAGUACGGCUUAGGUGCAAAGUUGAAUUGAAUGAGUUUUUAUUGAAUUUUUUUUUAACUUAAAUAAAAUUUAUUUUAACUGUUGUGGCUUCUUUUGUGUGGCUCCACAUCCUUCCACCGCGCACAAGACUAACAUUUUAUCUUAUUCCUCAUCCACAGAACUCAUGCAAAACGAAUACAGAACACCCACAGAUGCCAUCCACAUGCUGGACGACGAUACACAGCCAAAUUCAUCCUUUGCGUGAGUCACUCCCCCCUCGAAGAAAAAAAAGGGGGCGCAGGUGCUUGGGGUCCAGUUUAGGGCUAUUUUUUUUUCUUGCAAAAGAUCCUCUUGAAUGUGAUUUGUGUGGAUAGAAUAAAUUAUUUUUAAAUGGAA